AUGAUUCUUCUCAUAUUGUUAUCACGAUCUCGCCUCGCGGCUUUAAAAAUGACGGCCGGAACCAAUGUUGCUCAGACAUCGCGUAACAAUCUACUUAUUUAUCGAGUAGUUGCUUCUGGCGAAAAUUGUUAUAAUCUUAUUGAUCCUCCUGAUAUUCAAUUUCGACGUUGCUCACAAGAAUUGUUCCUGCGUGGAGCUCGGCCAUCAAUCUCCUUAGCGCCUUCAGUGGUAGUCAACCUUGCUGCAUCAGCAACGUGUUGUGUUCCACUUCGUGAGGAACUUUUCGUAUGCUUACGGAAUGGGUUCAUUCAUCAUAUUUCCUGGGAGGGUCAGGUUCGAGCUGAAUAUUCUAUACGGCUUCCCACUGUGCCUUUCGCCCAUGAUCAGCUGCAGUCAAAACCUGACUUUGUUACCGACCCGGCUACUCAUGUGGUUGAUGCAGUUUACGCUCCAUUAGUAGGAGGCUACUGUAUAGUGUUAUCAGAUGGUCGCGCUGCACUUCUUACCUCUUCGGAUUCGCGAUUUCAUCCCAGUACUAUUCUUGGUGUUUGGGCCCUCAAUAUGAAGGAUGCGACGUGCAGUGACAUCACAAAUAAUUGA